AUGAUCAAUGAGUUUCUACCAAACUUAAGGGAGUUGAGGCUAGUUAAUUGCAAUCUUUCUGAUAAUGAUUUUUCAUCUUUGUUUCGUUCUCAUUCCAACUUUUCCACAUCUCUUACUAUCCUUGAUCUCUCUGAUAAUGCUUUGACUUCAUCAAUAUUUCAGUAUCUGUUCAACUUCAGCUCCAAACUACAAGAACUUUAUCUGAAUAAUUGCAGCCUUACUGACCGAAGCUUUCUUGUGCCGCCUGCUUCCAUUAAAAUGUCUCUGUCUUCUCUUUUCACUGUUGAUCUAUCCUCUAAUCUAUUAAAAACAACGGCUAUAUUUCAUUGGAUUUUCAACCACACUGCCAAUCUUCGAAGUCUUUCUCUUCCGGGUAACUUGUUAGAAACUCCUAUUCCGAGUGGGUUUGGGGAAGUGAUUAACUCUCUUGAACAUCUUGACCUCUCUUUUAACAAACUACAAGGUGACAUUCCAUCUUCUCUUGGGAAUAUAUACACUCUGCAACAAUUACGCCUUAGUGACAACAACCUGAGUGGGGAACUUUCUAGCUUCAUUCAAAAUUCUUCAUUCUGCAACUUUCAAAGUCUAGAUUUAUCUUUUAACCGGAUUACUGGAAUGCUACCUAAUCUUUCACUCUUUACAUCUUUAAGAAAUUUAAAACUAUCCAACAAUCAGUUAACUGGAGGAAUACCAAAAGCUAUUGGGUUGCUUUAUGAGUUGGAAUAUCUUUCCCUAGAACUAAAUUACUUGAAGGGUGAUAUCAAUGAAUUGCAUCUCACAAACUUGUCAAAAUUGGUAUUCUUGGACUUAACCGACAACUCAUUAUCUCUAAAGUUUGCUAACACCUGGAUUCCACCAUUCCAGCUAGAUAGUUUAGGACUAGCUUCUUGCAAGUUAGGCCCAAGUUUCCCAAGUUGGUUGCGUACUCAAACUCAAUUAACCUUUCUAGAUCUUUCUGAUGUUGGGAUUGAUGACUUUAUACCAGAAUGGUUUUGGAACAAGUUACAAUUUAUAAGUGACAUGAAUAUUUCUUACAACAGUCUCAAAGGUAGAAUUCCGAAUUUACCAAUCAAGCUUAAUAAUGAUUAUUUACCAAUUGCUUUCAUCCUAAAUUCAAAUCAGCUUGAAGGUGAAAUUCCGGCCUUUUUGUCACAGGUUGAUGCAUUGGAUCUUUCGAACAAUAAUAUUUCGGAUUUAAGUUCCUUUGUGUGUGGACAAAUAGGAACUACAAAUAUCCGCACUUUGGAUUUGUCAAAUAAUCAAAUAAAUGGAGAACUUCCCGACUGUUGGGAACAUCGAAAUUCGUUAGAAUUUCUUGAUUUGAGCAAUAAUAAAUUAUCAGGGGAGAUUCCACAGUCUAUGGGCAGUCUUGUUAAUUUGGAAGCUUUGGUCUUGCGAAACAAUAAUCUAACUGGAGAACUACCUUUCACACUGAAGAGUUGUGCUAGUUUGAUUAUAUUUGACAUGAGUCGAAAUUUGUUGUCUGGUCGAAUACCCUCAUGGAUUGGAGAAAAUCUACAAGAGUUGAAAAUCUUGACCAUGAGACUAAAUCGCUUCACUGGAAGUGUUCCUGUCGAAAUUUGUUAUUUGGGGAAAAUUCAUCUUUUGGAUCUUUCAAUGAACCACUUAUCUGGUGGAAUCCCAACGUGUCUGAGCAAUUUCACGGCAAUGAAAGAAAGGAACCUAAUUACAAGACAAAUUAUAAGGGAACGAAAAAUUUCAUCUGAUGAAUUUAACUACAAUAUUUAUGACUUUAACGUGCUGCUCAUGUGGAAAGGUAAUGAUUUUGUGUUUUGGAAUCCUGAUGUUCUUCUAAGUAGUAUUGAUCUCUCAAGUAACAAUUUGACGGGUACAAUACCAAACAAGAUUGGAUAUUUACUUGGAUUGGUUUCUUUGAAUUUAUCAAGAAACAGUUUUCAUGGAGAGAUUCCUUCUGAAAUUGGGAAUUUAAGUUCGCUGGAAUUCCUAGACUUAUCAAGAAAUAAUUUGUCUGGCAAUAUUCCUUCUACUCUUCCCAACAUUGAUAGUCUUGGUGUGUUGGACCUAUCAAACAAUAAUCUUAGUGGAAGAAUCACUCGGGGGAGACAUUUUGAAACCUUUGGUGCCUCUAGUUUUGAAGGAAAUAUUGAUCUUUGUGGUGAGCAACUUAACAAAAGUUGUCCCGGAGACGAGACAAUACAAAAACCUCAAGAACCAGCUAUUGAUAGUGAAGAUGACAAUUCAGUUUUCUAUACAGCAUUAUACACGAGCUUGGGUCUAGGAUUCUUUGCUGGCUUUUGGGGCUUGUUAGGCCCAAUGCUACUUUGGCAACCACGGAGAAUUGCUUAUAUGAGAUUCUUGAACAGACUCAUAGACUCUAUACUUGUAAUGGUUGAACUAAACAUUGCCAAUAGAUUGCUCAACGGAUAA